AUGUCGAGAGAAGAAACGACGUCUGAUGAUGACGGCAUGAGUGCAGACAUGGCCAAGGAAAACAAGCCCGAGCCCGUGCCCUUCUGGGAGUGCCUCAAGCCCGCCACCUCGACGAUUGAGUGCGGAAAGGCCUUCAACUUCGACCCGAUUGGCGAUCUGACCCUUAGUGUCGGUGAGGAUGGGGUCGCCUACGAGUUCGUCGUCUGCUCCCGAACACUCUCUCGGUGGUCACCGGUGUUCCGCACCAUGCUCUACGGUGGCUUCGCGGAAUCAAGGCCUACUGAAGCUGCCUGGAGCGUCAGCCUACCCGAGGACCUUCCCUCAGCCAUGUUCCUUGUCCUGAGCAUUAUCCACGGCUACUUCGGGCAUGUGCCGACAUCACUGAGUCAAAUCGAACUGUAUCAAACGCUGGUUGUGACGGAGAAAUACGACAUGACGAAGAUAGUACGCCCAUGGGCUACUACCUGGCAUGCGCCUUACAAGAACAUCAAGCAGAUCAAGGGCAACGAGCUACUUCUUUGGAUCUCAUGGGAACUUGGAUGUGAAAACACCUUUGGUCUCCUUGCGAAAGACUUGCGUCUCAGCUCCUACGUCAACGAUGACGGAGAGCUAAUUAGUCAAGAAGGAGUCGUUCUGAGCACGUAUAGCUGUCUAGAACCGUCCGGAAUUAUUGGUUAG